AUGCAAGGUUUUGAUGAUCAAUUCUCACGAGGUCUUGCUCACAUUGUCAAGGUUCAAGUCCCUAAGAAGUUCAAGGCGCCUGAGUUUAAUAAGUUCGAUGGCCUUUCCUGUCCUAAGGUCCAUUUACAAUACUACACGACGAGGAUGGCGCCGUAUGCUGAUAAUGUGCCACUCAUGAUCCACACUUUCCAAGAUAGCUUAACCGGACCCCCCUUACAAUGGUUCGUUUUGAAAAAGAUUCAUUCGCUCAAGACAUGGGAGGAUUUGUCUGAUGCUUUCAUUCGUCAAUACAAAUUCAAUAUUGACGUGGCCCCGUCACGUGAGGAUUUGAUUCGCACUGAGAAGAAAAAGACCGAGACCUUCAAGGCCUAUGCUACUAGGUGGAGAGCUCUAGCUGUGCAAAUUACCCCCGAGUUGACUGAGAAGGAGAUGCUUGAUACCUUCAUGAAGACUUUACCGUUCGAGUUUCGUAAUCGAAUGUUGGGUUCUAAUUUCAAUUCUUUAGCUGAGUUGAUACCAGUGGGAGAACGCAUUGAGAUCGCUCUGCGCGAUGGUUGGGCCACUGAGCAGGCUACCUCUGCUAAGAAGUUCACCCUCAAGAAGGAUAAGGAACCGACACCUGAAGUGAAUGUAGCUUACUCUCAACAAAGCCGUGACACUGCCUCGACAAUACAGUCUGUUGGCAAACAACAAGGUGGACGCCAAUUCACUAGUCGGCAACAAGGUACUAAAAGGAACUUCACGCCUCUGCCUGGGCCGUUAUCCAAAGUUCUGCCUGUUCUCCAAAAGAAAAUUUUGCUUUCAAGUGAGCCGAAACGCCCGAACCCCGAGCGGUUCUCUAGUUAUGACUCCUCUAAGAAGUGUGAGUAUCAUAUGGGGGAGGUCGGUCAUUCUACUGAUGAUUGUUACGUACUGAAGCAUAGAAUUCAAGACCUCUUGGACACAAAGGCAUUCUCUUUCCGCAGUGAUCAACCAAAUGUCCAGCGGAACCCUCUACCCAACCAUGCUGGAAGCACGGAUGCUGUUAUUGAGUAG